AUGCUACCAGGGGAGGUGGUCCAGAGACAAAUUUCUCAAGCAACAGGGGAAAUCAGAGGGAAAGCUACCCCAGGACAUCCAUAUAGAGCUCAGCUCAUGACCAUUGGUGUGGAUCAACUCUCGGCUAAAGGGAUGUUUUCUGGAGAUAUGCAGGAGGUCAAGGACCCAGACAUUCAAAUCACUACAUUAGAACCGAAAACCUCCAAUCCACCAGAAACCACUUCCAAUCAGAAAUCCAUGCCAGGCUCUGGGGAGGAGGCUAUCACGAGCAUUCCCAUCAAAGUGGACGCCCUAGAUGCGGAGGAAGACAAUGACAUCAACUCCGAAGAUGAAGAGACAUCACCAUUGCCAAAAGAAGACAAGGAUGAAGUUGGUCAGUGUGUGUGUCCUGUGUCCCCUGGACCUCCAGGGCCAAAGGGAGAUCCCGGACUUCCAGGCCGACCUGGUUUACUUGGAGAAAAUGGACGUCCAGGUCCGGCAGGUCCAGCAGGUCCGGCAGGUCCGUCAGGUCCGUCAGGUCCGUCAGGUCCGUCAGGUCCAGCAGGUGCAGCAGGUGCAGCAGGUCCAGCAGGUCCAGCAGGUCCAGCAGGUCCAGCAGGUCCACCUGGCCCUAAGGGACUACAAGGCCAAACUGGCCCUCCUGGCCCAGCGGGAUUACCCGGACCACCAGGAUCCAGAAAAGCAACAGGCUGGUUUGGAGCGACAAAUGAAGAAGUUUCUGGAAGCCCUGGACCACCGGGACCUGUACCUGAAACGCCUGACCCGAAAACCGGCAAAAAUCCAAAACCCGGCGCGGAGGUGGUCCCAAGGCUGCUGGUUCUGAAAAACUGUACCUAUGCACCAGCUUUAACUGGGUGGCCUGGCUUACCUGGCGAGGCCGGUUUCCCAGGAAACCCAGGCCCACGUGGACCAUUGGGACCACCGGGGCAAAAAGGAGACAAAGGGGAUACAGGGCCCAAGGGUGAAGAAGGGCAGCAAGGACAUCCAGGUGUUUCCCAUCCUGGUGCCAAGGGUGAAAAAGGUGACAUUGGAUCUCCAGGGCCUCCAGGUCAAGCACCACUAUGUCCAGAUGGUUCAAGUUAUCCCUGCAAAGAGUACAUUGGUGCAAAAGGUGACCCAGGUCUUCCAGGUGAACAGGGUUUACCUGGACCGCUUGGUCCUCCAGGAGUGCCAGGUUCCAUCGGACAACCGGGGCUCAUGGGUGUCUGUGAUCAAGAAUGUACCUGUAUGCCAGGACCUCAAGGGCCACCAGGACCCCCAGGACCAUCUGGUCCCCAAUUGUUUGAUGUUUCUUCCAGUCAGAUGCUGGAGAAAUUGAGGGGAGAAACUGGCCUACCUGGGAUACCGGGCCUUCCAGGACUGAAGGGAGAGAAGGGAGAGCCCGGUGCUUCAGGAGGACAUGGAGCAACCCCCUGUGGACUUCCAGGCACACCAGGAAUUCCAGGUAUCCCAGGACCCCCAGGCCCACCGGGAAUUCCAGGACCGUUUUACUACAAUAGAAUUUUCCCUCCUCCUCCAAGACCUCACUGCAAAAUACCUGCAAGCUUGCCCAAAGCCUGGCCCAUGGGCCACAAUCUGGUCCUCGAAGACGGCCUGGGGACUCUCAGUUCAAACUACGGUGCACGUGCCCUCUUUUUCCCCCUCCCCCCACUCCUGCACAAGCGCCAGCUGAAGGACGACAGGGCCAAGAUGGCAGAGCGAGUGGGAGGCCACAAAGAGAAGCAAAGUGCAAGGGAAGAAAGCAAGAGCUCAGGAGAGGUGAACCAUGAGCACGACCAUAACGAUCUUAACUCCAGGGAUGCAGACCUUCAAGAUUCCAAAAUCAAUGACAAUCUUUUCCACAGCAACCUGAAGAUUCCUGCAGGAUCACAUGAUAUUGGAUCUCAGCGACAUGCUGGGAUUGCUACCUGA